GGCAGGGCGAACUAAGUGAGCCCUGGCUGCUGGAGCUGUUCUGGUGCUGUCAUGGCUACCCUAGCCCCGCUCACCCCACCAACCUCAUCGUAGCCCAUCGUGAGAUCAGUCAGCGCAGGGUCACGCGCUUUCGUUGCUUGUCCAGUACACACCUAUAGGCACGUCACACCACCUGAGAAAGAAAAACAUGGCGCCCGACUUGAACACCCUGCCCGCUUCCCCUCAUGCAUCGCCCUCGCCCCGCAACCAGUCGCCGACAAACUCACUCACCAUGGCUACUUCACCGCACUCGCUCGCUGCCACUGCCGCCAUGAAUGCAGGCAUCCACAAUGAAGAGACGCGCCGACCCUCUUCAGGUAGCAUGCGCAGGGACGUAGAGCGCGCCCGUCGCCGAUCAAGCAUCCGCAUGAACCUCAACUUGAACGACCCAGCUAUCCCAGCGCCUGGAGAAAUGCAGCAGAGUCCAUCCUCCCGCAGCAGAGGCCCAUGGCCGCAUAGCCCGCACCAUGAGCGCACUCCUAGCCUGGGCGAGCUCCACCAAGAGCUAGAGUACGAGCAGGAAGGGCAGGUGAACCGCCUGCUCAACAUGAUCCGCAGCCAGCAAGCCCAGAUCAACACUCUCCAGGCCAACCAGCCGCAACCUUCUGCUUUCGCUGUAGAUGAUGGCACACCAACCUCGGAGCGCUCCAUGUCUAUCCCUCCGUCGCUCUCACAUUCUACACACAUUUCUCCACCUGUCACUUCGCCUUUGCCGUCUGCUGCACAACCACGGUCUCGCUCGCCCUUUGGCUUUGGUACCAUCAGUCGUCAAUCGUCUUUUGCGGACCGUUCCCGCCACAGCAGCCAUGCCGGCUCUCCGGCUCUACGACCUGUACCAGGCCAAGCAGGACCCUACGAUUCCCAUGAUAUGCUCCCCAGCCCAGCAGCGACUUCAAGAGACGAGAGUGCCUUCUACCAGGCCGAGACCCAGAAUCUGACCCGGGAAAACCAGAUGCUAAAGCUAAGGAUAAGAGAACUUGAGCGCCAACUAGCAGACCAGAACCCCACCAGCCAAGUCACCCAUUCGCCCACCGUCCACUCCGGUCUUGCUCCUGCUUCGACUCACGAAAGCACAGAUCGGAGUAGCGAGGGCGGUCAGCCGCCUGCGUCCACAGAGUAGGACUUUUCGCUAGACUGUGUUUCACGGGCGUUCGGUUCAGGUGCCUCCUCUCAUGACAUUGAUGAAGCGUGUUGGCGUAGGAAAAAAUGAUGCUGCAUGGUUAAACGGCGUUUGAAGUAAUUCCGAGUAACGAGUGGUGAGCAUGAGCUCCUUCCUAGCAAUCCUCCAGGUGCAGUCAUGGUUGUGAAUGGCAAUGUAUCCUCUCCACUUUUUCUUGUUCUGUGUGCGGAAGAAUAUAUUCCUUACUUCUCACCUUGCUCCACGGAACGGCUGGCCGAUGUGUUGCUACAUGGAUGAUGCAACCGAUGACUGAUCCCAGCGCCAGGGAAAAUCCAUGCAUCUGUCCCGACCCUUUCUUGCCAUCUGUUCAUUCCAUUUUCUUCAUUCUCCACCUUGGCGUAAGCGAUGCGCCAAUAUAUCGAAAUCGCGGUAUGGGCUCCCGAGGUGUCUAAGACAUGAGUCGG